AAUCAAUGUGCGAAAGACAACAAACCACAAAAACAAAAAAAUAAGCAGCGUGGAGAUACAGUGGUGCUAGAAAGUUUGUGAACUCUGGAAUUUUCUCUAUUUCUGCAUCAGUGUGAACCAAAAUGUGAUCAGAUCUUCAUUGCAGAGUGGCCAGUGAGUGAGUGGGCCAGUGAAGGAGUGGAGCUUUGAGGUUUUGGCUCAAGAGGCUUUGGCAAGCAGAGGCCAGACAAGAACACCAUCUGGUCAAGCAGUACAAAUGGACAAUAACAAACCUGAGAUCCCCUUCAGUCAAAGCACUUGAGUCUCAGCUGAACGAGCAGUAUUUAGUGUCGGGCUUACAGCUGCUCAGGGCUAGAUCGUCAUUGGACGUCACCAAAGCAAGUGCAAGCAAAUCAUCCUGCCGGAAAGAGCCAAGUUACAUCACCGGAGCUACUCAAGUCUUCUCCCCGAAGCGAGUGCCAUUACAGAAAAGACUUUUCAGUGGGAACGUGAACGUGGGUCACCUUGGACACAGAGCAAAAAAAAUUGAAAUGCCUACAAACCACAAUCUCCACACUAGCAUUUAUGAUCUUUCUGUGUAUAGCAGAAACCAGCAAUUAUAAACUGAGUUUGCUGUAGUUUCCCUACUCUGCUGACUGGUGUGUUUUUUCCUCUUGGAAACCAUCUCAUUGGAAACAUUCCUGAUCACCGACUCACCCGAGAUAAAAAUCUCCAACUCUGAAAACAACUGAAAUCUUCUGAUUCGCAAGAUACUUGUUAGCCACUUGGAGUCACAGUUUGCUACUUCAGUUCUCAAAAAGGAAGUAAAAAGGAAUUGAAAAAUGCGGCGCCCUUUGGUUUCACUGCGUUCGCUGCUCGUAUGCAUCUCGAUGCUGAGCUGCAGCCGCUCGGAACCUGUUGAUUGCCUUCAGGAACAAAUAAGGCUGCGUGCUCAGGUGAAAGCUCUGGAACUUCGGAUUAAACAGCAACAACUUCAGAUUGAGCGCAUCUUGAGAGAGAGGGAAAACUCGCAAAGCAUUGACGCUUCAGAAAAUGAUGAAUCGCUGAAUGAACUGGAAGGAAGAAAAUACUUUGCAGAUUGUGCAGAGGCCUACAACAGUAGAAAAAGGAAGAGUGGAUUUUACAGAAUUCAGCCGUUGUCUGCGCCUUCAAGCUUUCUCGUGUACUGUGACAUGACGGAAGGAGGAGGCUGGACUGUCAUUCAGAGACGGACUGAUGGCAGAGAAAACUUUGACAGGGUCUGGUCUGAUUAUAAACAAGGAUUUGGAAACUUCCAAUCAGUCAAUGGAGAAUAUUGGAUUGGAAAUGACAACUUGCAUUUUUUGACAUCUCAAGGAGACUACACAGUGAAAAUUGACCUCACUGACUGGGAAGGUGAAAAACAGUAUGCACAAUAUAAACAUUUCAAAGUUCAAAAUGAAGAGAAUUCAUAUGUUUUAAGCUUUGGUGCCUACAGUGGAUCUGCAGGGGAUUCACUGAGUGGCACUUAUCACCCUGAAGUGCAAUGGUGGGCCAACCAUAAUGGCAUGAAAUUCAGCACAAAGGACAGAGAUAAUGACCGUUACCAUGGCAACUGUGCAAAAGAAGACAAGGGUGGAUGGUGGUUUAACAGAUGUCACUCCGCGAACUUGAAUGGACAUCACUACAAUAAAGGGCCUUUCAACGCAAAGACGGAUGAUGGGAUUAUAUGGUACACCUGGCAUGGGUGGUGGUAUUCACUAAAGUCCACGGUCAUGAAGAUUAGACCUUCUGAAUUUGUACCAGCUUCAGACUGAAUGUUCCAACUUUUCAUGCAAUUUGACUCAAUUUAUAUUAUUGUACUAUUCUGAUUCCUCUCAGUAAUAUAUAUUACAAUAUGCUAACACUGAACACUAUUCAGCAUAAUUGUUCCCCAACAUUUUCCUUAGAGCAAACAUUUAAUGGUAAAAGAAUAAUUGAGUCCAUUCUGGUGAUUUCAAUUAGUAGCAAUAUAUAACAUUUAGCAUGUAUCAUAAAGUGGAGGUGUCAUAUUAUCUGAAUAACAUUACCUGAUUUUGGUGGGUGGAGUAGUUUGUUUUAUUGCCAGGUAUAUGUUACUUUAUUCUACAGCAUAAUACGUAAGGUAUAUUGUCUCAACUUAUCUGCUUUAUUUUCUUAAAUAUAUUUUAAUUCAAACAGUCAGAAUAUUUUUUUUAACUGGUGAACGGUUUUCCUGUACGGCUUGCAUUCGAAUUUUCUUGUAUGGCUUGUGUUCCAACAAUUAUUCCAGUUUUGUAUCACUCAAACAGGAAAUGUGGGAUCAAUGCUGGUUAUGAAUCGUUAUGACAUUAAAUGGAAACUGCCUUGAUGUUUUGAACAGUGAAAGUAUUAUGCUUGCUCA